CAGAUACGCUGCAAACUUUCUGGACAUGAGAUUCCAUGUAGAUUGGAUGCGAUUGAGCAGUACGUGUCCGGCAAGAAAUAUCAGAAGUUAUCUAAAGAAUCCCUGAUGGAUCUGUCGCAAUACAAAGAUCACAUCAUCCCCAGUACCAAACCUAACCAAGAGCACUUGUUGUUCUGUAAGCUAACAUGCAGGCACAUCAACAACACGGUCGAUGGCAUCCAGAACCACAUUAAAGGAAAGAAAUUUCAAAGGGCUUUUCGUAGAUGGACUGAAUGCCAGGCCAAUGGAGUUAAAUUCAUACCA